AGGAUGGGGGGCGGGGGUAGGGGGAGCCAAUCCCGGCAGCGCCUAAGGGGGGAGGCAGCAGUGACAGCCGCGGGGAGGGGGCGGAGGAGAGGCGGCUGGGCUCAGGCUCGGCUCUCUGCUCCACUCUGCCUUCUGCUCCGCUCUCACUUGCUGCCCAAGGCUCCUGCUCCUACCCCAGGACUCUGAGGUGGGCCCUAAAACCCAGCGCUCCCCAGAGAAAAGCCUUGCCAGCCCCUACUCCCGGCCCCCAGCCCCAGCAGGUCGCUGGGCCGCCAGGGGGCGCUGUGUGAGCGCCCUAUCCCGGCCACCCGGCGCCCCCUCCCACGGCCCGGGCGGGAGCGGGGCGCCGGGGGCCAUGCGGGGCCAAGGCCGAAAGGAGAGUUUGUCCGAAUCCCGAGAUCUGGACGGCUCCUAUGACCAGCUUACGGGCCACCCUCCAGGGCCCAGUAAAAAAGCCCUGAAGCAGCGUUUCCUCAAGCUGCUGCCGUGCUGCGGGCCCCAAGCCCUGCCCUCAGUCAGUGAAAUUGGCCUGGUCUUCUGCCGCCUUCUCGGUGACAAUUCGCUCCCUUCAGCAUUAGCUGCCCCAGCCUCCCUCCGCCCCCACAGACCCCGCCCGCUGGACCCAGACAGCGUGGAGGAUGAGUUUGAACUGUCCACGGUGUGUCACCGGCCUGAGGGUCUGGAACAGCUCCAGGAACAAACCAAGUUCACACGCAGAGAGUUGCAGGUCCUGUACCGAGGCUUCAAGAACGAAUGCCCCAGUGGAAUUGUCAACGAGGAGAACUUCAAGCAGAUUUAUUCUCAGUUCUUUCCCCAAGGAGACUCCAGCAACUAUGCUACUUUUCUCUUCAAUGCCUUUGACACCAACCAUGAUGGCUCUGUCAGUUUUGAGGACUUUGUGGCUGGUUUGUCGGUGAUUCUCCGGGGAACCAUAGAUGAUAGGCUGAACUGGGCCUUCAACUUAUACGACCUCAACAAGGAUGGCUGUAUCACAAAGGAGGAAAUGCUUGACAUUAUGAAGUCCAUCUAUGACAUGAUGGGCAAGUACACAUACCCUGCCCUCCGGGAGGAGGCCCCAAGAGAACAUGUGGAGAGCUUCUUCCAGAAGAUGGACAGAAACAAGGACGGUGUGGUGACUAUCGAGGAAUUCAUUGAAUCUUGUCAACAGGACGAGAACAUCAUGAGGUCCAUGCAACUCUUUGAUAAUGUCAUCUAGCUCCCCAGGGAGAGGGGUUAGUGUGUCCUGGGGUGACCACGCUGUAGCCCUAGUCCAGGUGAUCCUACCCCUCCUCUCCCCAGGUCUGUCCUCAUCCUCCCUGUACCCUGGGGGCUGUAGGGAUUCAAUAUCCUGGAGCUUCAGUAGCCCAGAUCCCUGAGCUAAGUGGCAAGAGUAGGCAAGCUAAGUCUGGGAGGGGGGCAAUUCCUAACCCCCGAUGGCUCUCACCCCCUUCUCGACUGAUACCCAGUGCUGAGGAUACCCCUGAUGUAGUGACUGAGUGGUUCUCUGCCUCCCAACCCCACUCUAGAAACCACAUUAGACAGAAUGUCUCCUGCUAUGGUGCUUUCCCCAUCCCUAAUCUCAUAGAUUUUCCUCUAAGACUCCCUUCUCAGAGAACAUGCUUUGUCCAUGUCCCUGGCUGGCUUUUCAGCCUAGCCUUUGAGAGCCCUGUAGGAGCAGGGACAAGAAAGCAGAAAAAUUUUGGCCCUGAGCCCAGUGAUUAGGUCCUAGGAAUUGACUGGAGUAGAAACCAGAAAGGCUGGGCAGACUGUGAGAGUCCAGGUGGGCUGUCACUGCCAGGUUCCACGGGCCUGCUGUCCUGGGUCAGCAGAGUAUGAGUUUCCAGACUUUCCCAGAAGGCCUUAUGUCCUUAGCAAUGUCCCAGAAAUUCACCAUACGCUUCUCAGUGUCUUAGGAGGGCCUGGGAUCCAGAUGUCUGGUUCAUCCCUGAAUCCUCUCCCUUUUCCUUGCUUGUAUGGUGGGAGUGGUGGCCAGGGGACGAAGAGGGAGCGGUGUCCUGGAUGAUGCUUGUCAAGGUCCCACCUACCCCCCCACCCCAUCAGCUGCUCUGAUGACAGCUUUUUGAUUCUCCGUGACCCCUAUCUAGUUAUAGAGGCAUGGAAGUGAGUCAGGGAUUUCCUGAACUUGAGUUUUAUCACUCCUCCUAGUGGCUGCCUUAGGGGAAUGGGAAGAAAAAGAUGGGCACUCCAUAGGGACCCAGUGUGAGGGCAUUCAUUAGAAUCUUUGCCCGGCUUCCCACAAUGCCCUAGGAUUCCCUAGGGUCCCCUCUCCCUCUAUUUAGUCUACCCAGGGAUGCUCCAGAGCUCACCUAGAGGGCAGGGACGAUAGGAUCCAAUUCCAACCUAUUGUCAGCACCCUGCCAUGCUGCUGCUCCUCACUAAUAAACCUGCUUGUCUCAUUCAGUGCCCCUUCCCAGUCAGCCAGGGUCUGAGGGGAAGGGCCCCCCUCCCCCUCCCAUCAGACAUUGUUGACUGCUUUGCAUUUUGGGCUCUUCUAUCUAUUUUGUAAAAUAAGAAAGACGCCAGAUACAAUAAAAUACAUGGCUGUGCACA